AUGUCUUACUAUUUAAUCUUGAUGUUGAAACCUAUUUGUAUUGUCUGUGGAACCACGGGUGCUGGAAAAUCCGAUUUGGCUGUCCAGCUAGCCAAAAAGUUUGGAACAGAAGUUAUCAAUGCGGAUUCUAUGCAAGUGUAUCGAGGGUUUGAUACGAUAACAAACAAAAUAUCACAUGAGGAACAAGAAAAUGUCACUCAUCAUCUCAUGUCCUUCCUAAACUAUGAUCAAGAAUAUAGUGUUCCCAAUUUUGAAAAGGACGCAAGGAGAAUCAUCGAUGGCUUGCACGCGCAAGGGAAAGUUCCAAUCCUAGUAGGCGGGACUAACUACUAUUUGCAGUCUUUAUUGUUUGAAGAUUCUACCCUUUCAUCAAUUGAUCCUCCUUUAUCGCAUAAAGUCAAACAUCCCGAUGAAGGGAUAUUAAAUGAUGAAAAUGCGGAUCUGAUGUUUCCUUAUUUGCAAAAAGUUGACCCACUAAUGGCGGAACGUUGGCAUCCUCGGGAUGUACGCAAGAUCCGCAGAAGCUUAGAGAUUUAUUUCCACACGGGAAAGCGGCCGUCCGAUAUAUACAAAGAACAGUCUAGCAUAAAGAAGUCAAAGUUGAAGUAUAAAACGCUAUUAUUUUGGGCGAAUGCGGAAAAUGAUGUCUUGAUGCCUCGUUUGGAUACUCGAGUAGAUAAAAUGCUACAUCAAGGACUCAUGAAUGAGAUACAGAGCAUGAAAUCUGUCAUUAAUGAAAACGGAUUUACACCAGAUCUUACCAGAGGAAUUUGGCAAUGUAUAGGUUUUAAAGAGUUUGAACCCUGGUUUCAGAAUUCUUCUCAAGAAACAUUCCAAGCAUGUUUAGAUAAGAUGAAGAUAUCCACCAAGCAAUAUGCCAAAUAUCAAAAGAAAUGGAUUUUGAAUCGACUUUUACCUCUUUGUGUCUCCGAACAAAAGUUACGACCGUCGUCUAUUCUAUUUUCAGUCGCAAAUACUACUAACUUACAAAAAUGGCACGAACAAGUAGAACGUUCUUGCAAUGUGUUCUCUUGUUUUUUCAAUAAUCAAAAGCUUCCUCCUAUGACAGAAGAAGAACAAGGAGUUUUGGAAAAAGUUAAAAAAACCCUCCUAACACAGGAUAAAGAUACUUUCAGCACAAAAUUCACCUGUGAUGUUUGUUUAGACAAGACUGGACAUCCUUUUGUUGCUAUUGGUGAAGAUGCAUGGCAAACUCAUCUUCAAAGUCGAAAACAUAAAAUGACAGUUCGUCGAAUGAAAGAGCGAGCCACUCGACAAGAGCGGAUUGAAGCUGCAAAGAAAGCAGCCAUGGAAAGAAGAAAGGAGACUGCUUAG